AAAUUAAUUAAAAAUGUUAAAAAUCUAACUAUUUGACAGAGAGAGUAACACAUGGGAUAGAGGGUUAUAUAAGUAUAGAUGAGGUGAGCCUGGAAAUGCAAGAGAGAAAACACUAAAGUGAGUCAACAAAAAAAAUAUUUUUGAGAGAGUUUCCAGGUUUUCCAACAGUGUCUGAUCAUUUGAGUUUUCUUCUCAAUUCCCCUUUUUUUUUUCAUAAUUCCCCGCUUCUCUGAAUCCCUUUCUGUCAUCGUCUGUCUUUCAAGCUGAAACUUGGUCUCAAAAACUAAAAAGCCUUGCCUACCAGGGUUUUUUUUUUUUUUUUUUCAUUUUUUUUGAAAGCCAGGUGAUCCAGAAGAGAGAUUCAGGUUUCUCUUUUGUGUUUUUUUUUUUUUUUUUCAUUACAAAGUUUUAAUCUUUAUUUUCGUCGGCUAAGAGGGUUUAUUUUUGGUCCCUCAAGGUUGGUUUUUAUCAAACUAUUGCCUGUUCUUAGUCUUGGUUAAGAAACAGGUUGUUUUAAGAAUAAUUUUUGCUAGUUUUUGGAUAUGGCUGCAGCUAUAGAUAUGUAUAAUAGCAGUAGCAGCUCAGUUUUCUCAGAUCCUUUUAGAGAAGAGCUAAUGAAAGCACUUGAACCUUUUAUGAAAAGUGCUUCAUCUGCCUCUCCUUUAUCUUCUUCUUCUUCCCCAACUUCUUUUUCUUCUUACCCUUCUUGUUACUAUUCGCAACUCACUUCUCCUUCAGAGCCUAACUUGUUUCCUGAACUUUGCUCCCCAUCGAGCACCCACUUGUUUCCUAAUCAUGAGUUCUCUAACUAUAACAACCCGAUGGGUUUUGAGCGAACAGGUUCAAUUGGGCUUAACCAACUCACCCCUUCUCAAAUCCUCCAAAUUCAAGCUCAAAUCCACCAACAACAGCAGCAGCAGCAGCAGCAGCUUGCUUCUAUGGCUACCACAACAUCCCUUCAAAACCAAAGGCUUAACUUUCUUUCCCCAAAAGCUGUCCCUAUGAAACAUGCCUCCCCCAACCCUCCAAAGCCUACAAAACUUUACAGGGGAGUGAGACAGAGGCACUGGGGCAAAUGGGUAGCUGAAAUCAGACUCCCCAAGAACCGAAGCCGCCUUUGGCUUGGCACUUUUGAUACGGCAGAAGAAGCAGCUUUGGCUUAUGACAAGGCUGCUUAUAAGCUUAGAGGAGAGUUUGCCAAGCUCAACUUCCCCCACCUUAAACACCAAGGAGCCCAUAUUUCUGGAGAAUUUGGUGACUACAAGCCUCUCCAUUCCUCGGUGGAUGCAAAGCUACAAGCCAUCUGCCAGAGCUUGCAGAAACAAGGGAAUUCAGGAAAGACCUGUUCUGUCUCCGAUUCAAAACCUAAUAUUGUUGCUCCUUCACAGCCUAAGGUUGAGUUUGAUUACCCUGUGAAGAGUGAGGAGUUUGAUCUGUCUCCAAGAUUUUCUGAUCCUAAAGUGGAGAAUUUACUGUCAUCCCCGGAUUUAUCCGAUGAGUCAUUGGCAGGAUCUUGUUCACCAGAAUCUGACAUCACUUUGUUGGAUUUCUCUGAUUCAAAGUGGGAAGACAAUGAAAACUUCAGUUUGGAAAAGUACCCUUCAGUGGAAAUUGAUUGGGAAGCCAUCAGGGAACUGUAAAGAACUACUAUCAUGUAAUUUUCUUGUAUUUUCUUAGGUCAACUAUCUUUUCUUUUGUCAUGUAGGCCUUUUUAGUGCUCUAGUAGUCUCUACAAUGAAAUUUUUGACAUUUGUAGAGGUGAUACAGAGCAAUUAGGUGUCAAUUUAGAAUUUGUAUCAUGUUAAUAUGAUUAAGAGAGAGGUAUCUCCUUUAUUGACUGGUCUUGCUGGUACAUUUUUUCCUAGCAAUGGCCAUCGGAGAGCUUCAAGUUUAUGUCUGGUUGCAUUAUUGUAGGUCGAGUGUAAAUUUAAGAAAUCUAUUGUCUUUUGAAUA